GGAACGUUGACAAUCCGCCAGUCUGACGUUGCGAUCCAUUCCAAUAACUCUGGAGAGACGAAGCUGAUAUCGGAUAAUCUUAGUUUCUCGCAGCUUCACCACUAAAUUCAAAGAUGGAACAAUUCAUGCGUAGCAUCGAUUCCUCGAAAGCGCUUUCAGAUGAGAUGCAUGCUGAGCUAGUCCAAAAAUUUCAGGAAAGUCUCAAAAGCGAAAAUUGGGACGAUGUAGAAGCUGUCGUUGUUGCCAGUCGCCAAGAAGAUUGGAGGGAAAUACUUGCCCAGAGAGAUAUACUUGGGGUAUUUUUGGACCAUUACGUGUGGAUCGACGUGAAUCCCGUGCAGACCAGACCACUGUCUCUGGCCAUCAGACUUGCUGCAAAUUGUUGCCUCGCUUCAAAAGAGCUUCAUGCUGCUUUGGCACAGCAUAUUGACCGCAUAGAACAAUUACUUGCCAUAUCCGGUAUAUGCGAGGUAACCGUUGGUCUCCUGGCAAACAUGCUCUUUGAUGAUAAUUCGGUGCUGGAAUUCUCCGUCUUGCUUGAGAAGGGGUUUCAAGAAACCAUCGCCAGGCAACUAGCAAUUCACAAUCUUAAUACAAGUCAUCCCAUGUUUGAAACCGCCGUAGAGAUUAUUGACUCUUUGGCGGAGGAAGAUAUGGAAGCCAAGAUCCCAAACGUCGCUGCAACAACUGCCGCAGUCGCACAUUUGAUCGACUUCCUGUUUAGAGCAUCACAAGCAUCAUCUGACCGCUCGAAUAACCAUCGGCUCGUUGACAUACUGCUUCGGUGGACGACUUCGACAGAAGUGCGCAAGGAGAUUAGCCAGCCUCUUUAUCAGAGCAGCUUUUACAAGCUACCACAAGUUUAUGAGUUGACUCUGCAUCACAGCCAAGAAGUGUUGGAAGAAAAUGUCGAAAACAAAAGAUUGAUCUCCAAGUUUGAAUCUAUCUUAGGUGAAUUUGCGUCGCAAUCUGCAACUGCAGAAAAAUCCGAUGCCCUGUCUGGUAGUUUAUUCGCAAAGGCUGCAGAGUGGAUACAGCUCACUAGGCGCAGCCCAGUUUCCGACAAACUCUGCUCUACAGGUUAUCUAAUUCUUUGCAAUAUGUGCAAUGACAGCUUUGCUGUUUCAGCGGUCCAUGAACAUGCUCUUCACAAAAUAGCAUUGGCGGCACUCCUCGAUUCUGAAUCCAGUGAGGUGCGACAAAGCGCUGCUGCCUUCCUGGGGAACUUAUUCCACCCAGUUGCUAACAAAGAGACUCUGCUUCAAGCUGGUAUCAUUCAGACCAUAUACAAAGCUGAUGAAAACGCGGCCAUAAGGCUCAUGCGUAGGCUUUUAAGCAAUGCAAGCGGCAACCUCGUUACCAGCAUUACAAACGGCUCGCAACAAAAUUUGCCUCUCCUUAAAGAUAUUAUCAACAAGCUUCCUGAUCAAAAGGCUCUUCAAGAUGGCCUGCGCGAGAUUCAGACGGAUGGAAACGUGCCAGGAACUCAGGCACUAAACUCGGAGCAAAUACUGACGAAAGAUAUUGCAAGUAUUUACGUGAUUACACGGCGUCAUACCACACUUGCAAAUCAAUACAUUACCACGUCUUUGAUAUGGUCUCUGGUUAACCUUGUAUUGCUUGGAAUACGUACGAGCAACGCGAUCGAUCUAAGCAAUGGCGUUUUUGGCCUUGGUUUGGUGCUCCAGAGCAAAGAUCCUCUGACCGGCUCCUUUGCAAAGAGCACCGUGGAAGCAUUGCAACAUGGCGAUGGCUUGCUUGCUUUAAAACAAGUCAUUGAGAUGGCAAGAGACGAUCAGGCCAAUCCUGUGGCGAAAAAGGUUGCGGAGAAUGCUACGAACGUUCUGCAUAGGCUGGUCGAAGAAUUAGAAAAGGAUGACAAGCUCGAUGACAUGACACAGAAGCUAAACGAUGUUCUGAAGCUUGGACUAGAUGCAAAGUUGGAAUCAUAGCUAUUUGACUGAGAAUUUCUGAGGUAAAUCGAAGAUAAUCCUUAUUCCAUCAGCUGAGUUAAUGGAACUGAGCAUAGUAUCUUCAAAGGUUUGGUGAAUAAAUAUUCCUGACAGCCAAAUUAUUUCAUGUGUUAAUGCUGAUCGUGUUCGUUACAUAAAUAAUAUACUAAUGAAAGUGUCAAAAUUAUUU